AUGACAAGUCCAGCAUCUGGUACUGCUUGUUCGUCCGCUAUUUCUCGAGCUCUUAGUUUUAAAUUAGUAGCUGAAUGUUCUACUAGUAAAGCAAGAGCAUGCUUAAUAACGCUGCCAAAGUGUAGUGUGGAGAGCCCAGUUUUCAUGCCGGUGGGUACUAAAGGAACAAUGAAGGGAUUAACAUCCAAACAGUUAGAGGACAUUGGCUUUCAAAUCAUUUUAGGAAACACCUACCAUUUAGGAACUAAUCCGGGACCUGAAUUAAUGGAAAAGGCCAACGGAUUGCAUGAUUUCAUGAACUGGAAACGAUCUAUUUUAACUGACAGUGGUGGCUAUCAGAUGGUAUCGCUGCUAGAUUUAGCUGAAAUAACUGAGGAGGGAGUCAAAUUUGCAUCACCAUAUUCCGAUGACAUGUUACUAUUAACACCAGAAAGAUCAAUUGAAAUCCAGAACUCGAUAGGCGCUGAUAUCAUCAUGCAAUUAGAUGAUGUUGUUGCGAGUACUACUGAAGGACCAAGAGUUGAAGAAGCCAUGCAUAGGACAAUUCGAUGGCUGGAUCGAUGCAUAACAGCACAUAAAAAUAUGCAUUGCCAAAAUUUAUUCUGUAUUGUACAGGGUGGGCUAGAUAUGGAUCUUAGACGCAAGUGUGUUGAAGAAAUUGUUAAACGAGAUACACCUGGUAUUGCUAUUGGAGGUUUAAGUGGUGGUGAAGACAAACAAGUAUUUUGGAAAGUUGUUGACUUAUGUACUAGUUUGUUACCUAAAAAUAAACCGCGAUACUUAAUGGGAGUAGGAUACGCCGUAGAUCUAGUGGUAUGCUCAGCUUUGGGUGUCGAUAUGUAUGAUUGUGUAUAUCCAACAAGAACGGCAAGAUUUGGUACAGCUCUUGUACCAUGGGGACAGUUACGAUUAAAGCAAAGUCAAUAUUCCAUGGACUUUGACCCUAUCGAUAAAAAUUGUCCAUGCCUAACAUGCAAGACGUAUACCAGAGCUUAUUUAAAUUCAAUAAUUAAGCAGGAAACAGUUGCUUGCCAUUUAUUAUCCAUUCACAACUUAACCUAUCAGAAACAAUUAAUGGAGUCAAUAAGAAAGAAUAUUAUACAAAAUACGUUCCCUCAAUUUGUUAAAGACUUUAUGAAGGAAAUGUUUCCAGAUGGCAACUAUCCACAGUGGGCAGUAGAUGCUCUAGCAUCAGUUAAUAUACAAUUGUAA